UUGUCACUGCUUUCAGCCGCUUUUGAGGACGCGCUGCCCAGAUGCUGGAGAUGGUUGCUGUCCAAAAAUGAACACAGACUACACCAAGCCUCCUCUUGCUCCGAAGCCAAAAAUUGUUUAUCACACCAGCUUCGACCUGCCCUCUCCUGUCAUGUCUAGAGCCUGCUUUGCAGCUCGGGGUCCCAAACCUCCCAUAGCCCCCAAACCUAAAGUUCCACAUCAUCUGAACGGGAGGGACCUCUUCUUCUCGGGCACCCAGGAAGGAUGCAUUAAUGGGGGUUUGUUGCCUUCAGAAGGUGAUCUUGAUCAAGAGAAUGAGUCGGAGGACUCUCUAAGCAAAGUGGUUGCAGACAAGGCACCAGUGGAGGGACAAUCUGAUUUAUACUUCCUCGGCUCAGCACAAAAAGAAUUACAGAAUGGCUCACAGGAGCAGAGGGAAGGAGACUUGACAGAAGAGGGAGAGGACGAAGAUAUGAUUCAGGAGUUGGAGGAGGACUGGAGAUUAACUGACAGCGCUGUAACGGAGGAGGUGGACUCUUUGGAAACCCUUUGGGUCAGUGAUGCUGGACUCACCGCUGACUCCACGGAGGAUGCCGCAGAGAUGAUUGACGCAGACAUGACUGAGGACAUGGACGCUGAUGGUUGUGACGCAGGCGAGGCGCUGGCUGACACAGAGGGCCUCUCAGUGGGAGACAUUUCUGUUACGAGCAUUGAUGAGGAGGCAGGCUGCUACUCUGGUGAAGAGGUGUCUGGCUUGGAAAAUACAGACAUGAACAAGAGAGCGGACAAGCUCCAAAGUGAGGAGAAUGAAGCCACUGACUGUACAGCAGAUGAAAUAACCGAGUCUCUCACUGAUGAAAACAUGGAGGCCAUUGUAACCCAACAGAUAACUUCAAUGGAGAGAGAGGAGAAAACAUGGGAAUCUGCACCUGGCCGUGGUAUCUCUUACAACAAUCUAAGGUUGGAACACGAUCAUAACCUACAGCAGUACUCUGUUUUAGAGGAAGAGCAUAUGAAUAUUUAUGAAAGCAUCCCUGAAAACCAGAAACAGCUCUUGGACACAGGUGACAGACAUGUUGCCUCAAAGUUUGAUCCAACCCUCGAGCCGUAUUACAUCUCCUCUGCAGACAUUACUGAGAGAGAGUCGAGCCCAGUGAACGACGAAACUCAUGGACUCUCAGCGAGUCCGCUCACACCCUGGAAGCAUCCAUCCAUAAACAAGAGUGCACUACGGCCCAGUAAGUAUGAGGCAGUUUGUGAUGAAGACUCGCUAUGCGGGGAAUCUGUAGACAAUGGACAGAUAGAGUGUGUAUCUUCUGAGGAUUAUGUGGAGAUAGGCAGCAGUGACGAGGAUGGCAAAGACGAUGAUGAGCACAGGAUAGCAUCACGUCAGAAAAGGACAUCUAUCAGAAGUGAGGAGCACAGAGCUCAAAUAGCAGAGGCCUUAUUGAAUCACUCUGACUGUCAGCCAAGGUUCAGGCUAGUAUCCAUCUCAGUGCCAACAGACACUGACACCUCGCUGACAUCCUCUCUCUCAGAGAGCCAGUUGCUUUCCCCAAAUGACUCCGAUGUCUUCAGAGAUGAGGACGACCUGGAGGGUCACAUUGUGCCGUUUCUGGAUGACACCACCGAUACAGAGCAGGAUGUCACCGAUGAGCCUGUGUAUGAGGAGGCCGGGCAUGGUUUGAAAGAUGAAAAUGUGCUUUUUGACAAAAAGUCCAUGGUAAUGCGCUCCCGCUCUCUGUCACAACGCAUCGCUAAUAAUGUGACUGAGAGGGGGGUGCAGUCUAAUGGUCAAAAGCCCUGCCUGGGGGGAUUUGACCACAUGGCGCCUGCACUGAGCAGCAGUCCAAUGUUGAACGCGCUCCGUACCAAGACCUACUCCAAACCCCAUUGUUUUUCUCUGUACCCUCGCUCCUUCUCCGUGGAGGGACGGGACAUGCCUCUGUGUGUAUACAGGGAGAGGGAGGAAUCCCCAAGGGAGAGAGGCGAGGACAGUCUCUCUUUGCCUUACGUCAUUUGUUCAUCUGGAAGCUUUUCUCGCUGCUCACCUUUAUCAUCCAGCGGCCUGUCCACGCCUACAUCUGUGGUGGACAUCCCUCCUCCAUUUGAGCUGGCUUAUAUUACCAAGAAGCCAAUCACCAAGAGCUCACCCUCCCUUCUCACUGAGGGAGACUCGCCAGAAAAAAGCAAGAAGAAGAAGUCCUCCAUCAAGCGCUUCCUGAUGCUCAAGUUCAGGCGAAAAACAGAGAGUAAGCCUGUGGUCGACGUCAGCCCGUCCGCCGCAAGGUCCUCAUCGGAGUCCAGCCACCACACACCCAGCAGAUUGCUAGACAUAAACAGGCACAGCAGAACUAGUUCUCCGCAGCUCGGCUCUCACUCUGCUGCUAAGGGUUCGCCUCAGCCAGCCUCCACCUUCUUGUUCUACAAAGACAGCAAAAGAAAAGGGGGUUCUGUCGCUUUUCUCAAUCGCAGCGUUGUCCGGGUGGAGUCGUUCGAGGACCGCUCCCGGGUGCCCUUCACACCUCUUCCCCUGACCAAGCCUCGCUCCAUCUCCUUCCCCAAUGCAGACACCUCGGACUAUGAGAACGUCCCUGCCAUUAGCUCUGACUAUGAGAACGUUCAGGUCCCCCAUCAGAGGCCUGUCCUGCAGCUGGCGUUCCCCAACUUCUUUGACCACCCCAGUCGGGCGCUGUCCUCUGCCAAUGAGACGGAUGGUUAUGUGGACAUGAGCAGCUUCCCCGGGUUUGAGAGCAAAACUCAGUCACCUGAGCAGGAGACAGAAAGUGCCUACACAGAAGCCUACAACGUUUGCUCGGUGGCUGUUGCUCCUCUCAGUGGCUCAGUGGGCGAUGUGGGGCGAGAGACAGCGGGUGACGAAGACCAAGGACGCACCUCUGAGGAGGAGGAGGGAGGGCCAGACAGCAAUUAUGACAGACAGACCGACGGUCGAUCCAGAGCCUUUUACAUCGCCAAGGAGCUGGUGGACACAGAGAGACUGCAUGUAAAAGCCCUAAAGCUUCUCCAAGAAGACUUUCGGGAAGCAGUCGGAGCAGCGGUGGGGGAUGAGGGGGAUCCCGUGCUGGAUGAAGAGCGGCUCAGGGAGAUUCUCAACGAGCUCCCUGAUGUUUAUACCUUGCAUCGCAGAAUCCUCACUGAGUUGGAGAAUCGAAUCCGACACUGGGAGGAGAGUCAGAGGAUCGCAGAUGUCAUCCUGUCCAGGAAGGCAGAGUUUUUGGUUUUUACUACGUACAUUGGCCACUACGACCGCAGCAUGACCUUACUGGAGGACAGCUGCCGAACUUCACCUGCCUUUGCAGCCAUCGUGCACCAGUUUGAGCAGCAGAGUCCAGCUGGGGAAAAAAUUUCUCUCAAGCAUCAGCUCCUGCAGGUCAUUGUGCGUGUGGCUCAGUACCGCAUGCUCCUCACUGAUUACCUGAACAACCUCUCACCAGAUUCAAAGGAAUAUGAAGACACCCAAGCUGCCGUGGCGAUAGUGUCUGACAUUGCAGAUCAAGCAAACGACAGCUUGAAACACGGGGAGAACUUGUUGCGUCUGGUCAACAUAGAGUACAGUGUUCGUGGGCAGAAGAACCUGCUGCAGCCUGGCAGGGUGUUUGUGAAGGAGGGUACCCUGAUGAAGGUCAGCAGGAAGAGCAGACAGCCUCGCCAUCUGUUUCUGAUGAACGACGUGCUGCUGUACACCUACCCCCAACAGGAUGGCAAAUACAGACUGAAGAACACCCUGUCACUCACAGGGAUGAAGGUCAGUAAACCCAUCAUAGAUAAUGUCCAGAACACACUGAAGAUUGAAGGAACAGACAUCUCCAUCACUCUGUCUGCAAGCUCCUGCAGUGAAAGGGAGGACUGGUUUUACACUCUAACCCGCACUGUCAGUGAACACGCCAGAGGACCUGUUGGGUUCAGCAGCUGCCAAGGAGAGGCCAGAGAGCGUCUGCGGCUGUCUCUAGGAGAAAAAGCUCCCACGCUCGUACCAGUGUCUCAUGUGGUGAUGUGUAUGAACUGCACCUCUGAUUUCAGCCUUACACUUCGCAGACACCACUGCCAUGCCUGCGGGAGAAUUGUUUGCCGCAGCUGUUCCAGGAACAGAUAUCCCCUGAAAUACAUGAAGGACCGCAUGGCCAAAGUGUGUGACCACUGUUACAGCGAACUCAAGAAGAGAGGAGGAGAUGUGUCUGCGCAGACAGGCAAGAACAGCCCUCGGCCAAACCGCUCCAGCCGCCCGCUCUCCGCUGUCUUCCAAAACAUUCACCCUCCCAACAUUUGGAGACAUCGGAAAGGCACUGCCACCCUGACCCAGAUGACUGUGUCGGAGGAAGGCUCCAUAAGUGGCAGUCUACAGCGAAGUAAGAGGAGCAAGAGGAACUGGAAGAGGCUGUGGUUCCUCCUCAAAGACAAGGUGCUUUACACCUACCGGGCCCAAGAGGAGAAAGUAGCAUCAGAGAGUUUGCCUCUGUUGGGCUUCACGGUGAGGCUGCCUGACAGACAAGAGGGGGAGGAGGAAGCAAAUGUCUUCCAGCUUUACCACAAAAAGACUUUGUAUUACACCUUUAAAGCCGAAGACAACUUCACAGCACAGAGGUGGGUAAAUGCCAUGGAGGAAGCCACAGUUUUAUAGGAGUAGUUGCUGAAAACUGGACCCGAUAUCAGCUGUCUUUGCUCCUUUGCAAGCUUCCUGAAAAUGACUCACUAUGAAAAGAAAAAGGGAAAUGAAAAAUCAUGAACAUAUUCAGCCGUCUGUGAGAGCUCUAAUUUUCCUGGCCAGACUGAAGAAAAGAAGACAAAGUGUUCUUUGCGAGCGGACGCGAUCACCUACUUUGUCAACCUCCAGUGUCCCCAACCUGCUGCUACAGCAGGUGUGAUGCUGAGGAGCAGGAGAGGUGCUGGCCCAGAUAUUUGUCAGAGUGGAACGUUACAUUAGCCAGACCUGCAUAUUCCCCCAUACAGUCUAAGCUAUGGGAAAAGUGGAGGAGUAUCGUCACAGUGUGUAGAAAGAAGAUCGUUUUAAUUUGAUCUUUUUUUCUAGCCUAGAAAAUGAAAAAGUUAAGUUAAAACAGCAUAAAGAAAUUCUGAACAGAAUAGACUUCCAGCAGACUGCCAUUAUCAGUCUGUCAAUGUAGCCAAAUGCCACUAACUACUGAAAGGUUACUGUCUUGUCUUUGGUUCAGCAAAUAUUCUUUGUCUGAUUACAGCCAGAGUGUAUCGAGUAUGAAAAAUGUCUUUUAUUAUUUGUAUAGAUAUGUCGGUAGCUUUGCCAUGUACUGUACUGUCAGAGAUGGUCCUGCAAGUAAAUGUAAAUACAUACAUUUAGAGAGUUGCUAGAAUUGGUUACUUGCUGUAUUUGCACUGAUAUGAAAGAGGAUGAACCUAAAAGUGGAAUAUAUGAGUGUACCCGUCAUUUUUGUUAUCCCUUAUGUCUUAUGUCUCAUUGGAAGCCAGAGUGACCAGCUUCCAGCUUCUGUAGCCUACUUUACUGACAUUUUUUCCAAUGUGUCCAAACACACACACA